AUUCGUAGAGAGAUUAAAGUCUUGGUCAAAUCAACCCGAAGUUCCCAAGUGGUGUAAAUCUUAUAUGGAAAAGAUACUCGCUACUCAGAUCAAAAACCCUGUUGACUCUCGCACUACUGAUAGAAUAGAAUUUGAGGAGCUCACUCAUCCGAGAAGUACGACGAAACAGGCAACCAAAGGCAAUCUUGGAGAUAACCUUGCCUUGCAUAAAUGUGCACUCGCCUGUGCUAGUGACGAUAGUUUCCUUUUAACUGUUGCUCGUCCUCAUGCGUUGACACCAUUUACCCAAAUGAUGAUGGCCUCCCUUUGUCAUUCAGUUUGGUUUCAUGAUCCAAAUACCAGAGCAGACGAAUGGUUACUAUGUGAAAUGGAAUCCCCGCAAAGUGCUAAUGGACGAGGUCUUGUAUUCGGUCGUAUAUUCACUAGAGAUGGUCGUUUGGUAGCAUCAACGGCCCAAGAAGGCGUUAUACGGGUUAUACCGGAAGAUAUGACCCCUAAAGCAAAUUUUUGA